AUGCAGGGCCUGUGGAAAGGAGUGAUCAUGGAGCUCUGUACUCAAGAGCAGUACUGGGAUCCCCUGCUGAAUGUCUGCUUCUCCUGCAAAUCCAUCUGCAACUAUCAGAUUCCACGCACCUGUGCAGCCUUCUGCAAGUCCCUCAGCUGCCACAAGGAGCAAGGCAGGUACUAUGACCAGCUUCUGAGGGACUGCAUCAGUUGUGCCUCUAUCUGCGGACGUCACCCCCCACAAUGCAAGUAUUUCUGCGAGAACAAAUUGAGGGACACAGUGACCCCACCACCAGAGCACAGGAGGCAGCAGACAGGGGAAGCUGGAACCAGGCCGGACAACAUGAGACAGUACCAGGGAUCAGAGCACAGAGGCCCUGAGGCAGCACCAGCUGCCCCAGGGCUGAAGCUGAGCACGGAUCAGCUGGCCCUGGUCUACAGCACCCUAGGGCUCUGCCUCUGCGCCAUCAUCUGCUGCUUCCUCCUGGCCGUGGCCUGCUUUCUCAAGAGGAGAGGGGACCAGUUCUCCUGCCAGCCCUCUCCAGGGCCUUGUCAGACCCGAGCCAAGUCCUCCAAGGAUCACUGGAUGGAAGCGGGGAGCGCCGCGGGCGGGCCGCCGGAGCCGGUGGAGACGUGCAGCUUCUGCUUCCCCGAGCGCAGGGAGCCCACCCAGGAGAGCGCGGGCGCGCCGGGACCGGGAACGCCGGGCCCCGCGCGCGCAGGAAGGUGGUGGCGCCGCGGCGGGACGCUGGCCGGACAGCCCUGUGCGCGCGCCCCCGACGGCGGCCUCGAGGUCGUGUGCGCGCCCGUCCAGGACGCGGGCCCCACGGUGUGA